AUGAGUAGAAGCAAUUACGAUUCUAGUGUCAACACAUGGUCUCCUCAAGGAAAGAUUUAUCAAAUUGAAUAUGCUUUUGAAGCCAGCAAGCAGGGAACGUGUUGCGUUGGUGUCUGUUCAGCAAACUCAGUUGUUAUCGUUUCAGCCCGUAGAAACGUUAGCAAAUUAGCUGAUAUGAAUUCUAAAAUAUUAAGAAUUGUCGAUAACAGCGUUGCAUCGUUUAGCGGGAUUAUCAGUGACGCUGAUUACGUUUUAAAAAAAAUAAGAGAGGAGUGCAAACGCUGGCAUUACUUACACAACGAAUAUCCUCCGUACACUUUUUAUUGUGACGUUUUUCACAAGUUGGCACAUGAAAAUAUCAUUGUCGAAAGUCGACGUCCUUUUGGUUUUGUUUCGCUUAUUGGAGUUUACGACGCUGAAGGCCCUCAUUUGAUCGAAACUAUGCCUGACGGGGACUACCAGCUGUAUGAAGCUUACUCAAUAGGUAGAAACAAUCAAAGUGCAAGAACUUACUUAGAAAAAAUACAACCUCAUCUUAAAAACAUGUCUGACGAUGAACUACUGAUUCAUUCUCUUAAAGCAAUACUCUGUACUUUUUCGGAAAGUAACGUAGAUGCAUCUGCUGAAAACUUCGAAGUCGUUAUACUUGAUGGUAUUAAUUCGUUUAAACAACUCAGCAUAGAAGAAGUCUCUUAUCUUUAUAAUAAAUCUUUAUCGACAAAUGAGUAA